AUGUAUUCCCCAAAGAUCGGCGACAGGCUCGACAGCCUGGACACCCCAUCCAUGAUUGUGGAUCUGGAUCUCAUGGAAGCCAACAUUAAAAAACUCUUUGACAGCCUCCUACCCACGGGGCUUAACAUUCGUCCUCACCUAAAGACGACCAAGAGCGCGAUCCUCGCACAGAAGCUCGCCGCUGCAGGGGCCAAAGGCUGCUGCGUGGCGAAGGUGUCGGAAGCCGAGGCGAUCACCGCCGCGGGGUUCGACGACAUCCUGAUCACUUGCGAGAUCAUUGGCGAGCCGAAGGUCAAAAGACUAGUGGAGCUAUUCAAGAAGCACAAAAACAUUCGGAUUGUGGUAGACAGUGAGGUUGGCGCAACGGCCAUUAACAAUGCACUGGCGCAGGCGGGUAUCGCAGAACCCAUCUCGGUUUUAGUGGAUCUCGACGUUGGUCUGCAUCGCACCGGUGUUGCCAAUGCACAGGUGGCGCUCACUCUGGCAAGGCAUAUCAGCUCUCUCCACCACCUGCGCUUGAUCGGUGUUCAGGGAUAUGAGGGUCAUUUGCAGCAUCUCCACGGCUGGGAGGACCGGAAGCAACAAUGUCUGGAGUCGAUGAAGAUCCUCACAGACACAGCUGCGCUGCUACGCAAUGAGGGCUUCAACAUUGAAGUCGUUACUACGGGGGGGACGGGAACUGUUGAGUUUUGCUCGACAGUGCCUGGUGUGACCGAACUGCAGCCCGGAUCCUUCAUCUUCAUGGACACCGACUACCGGAAUGCGGUGGGGACGUUUUAUUCCAAUAGUCUCACGCUACUGUCCACGGUCAUCAGCAAGCAAGGAGAUCGGACAGUGACAAUUGAUACUGGCCUGAAGUCCUUGACGACCGACAGUGGGCUGGCAGAGUGCAAAGACCCGAGGUACACGCACGAGAACCUGGGCGAUGAACACGGCUCACUGAGCUGGGAGGAGGGAACCCCAGACUUGGUCGUGGGCGACAGGGUCGAAAUGAUUCCGAGCCAUAUUGAUCCUACUAUUAACCUGCACGACUUCUAUUAUGGUUAUCGGAACGGGGUUGUUGAGGAAAUCUGGCGUGUGGACUCGAGAGGAAAGGUUCAAUAA